UUACGAUAUGGAAAUAUUUGGGUUUUUUUUCUUAUACAGUCAUUAAUUGCAUUCUUUGACAAACCGCUCAUUAUUUACUGCAAUAAUUUAAGAGGAAUGAAAUUAAAACAGUUGUUAAAUAAUAUUUACAAAUCUUUAAAACCAAAUUAGCGGUAAUGUUUACGGUAGAAACAAGUAUAAUAAGAUAUAAUAAGGAACAAGACAACGAAAAAAAUGCAAAAUCAAUACUUAACUUGUCAAUCGCUUUCACAGUUGACUGCUCCAUUGUAUUAACUUUAUUUAAGUCUGUUUGUACCUAGACAAUUGUAACUCUUAACUUGUUUCUUUUAACAUUGUCAUUAAAACAAGGUAUUAAAACAUUUCUGAUAUGAAGAGCUUUGGGUUUUUCGUUGGAAUCUAUGGAAUACUAUGUUUAAAGGUUUCACAUGUCUACGGAGGCAAUGAAACACAGUUGAGGGAAUUGUUAUUUGCUAAAUUGAACAGCACUUACUAUUCACCGCGCGUUAGACCAAUUAAAGACACAGGAAAUACCUUAAAUCUCACGGUGGACAUGUACCUAAUAAACAUCAAUGACGUGAAGGAAGUUGAACAGAAAAUAACAACAACAGUUUUUUUAAAGCUGGUGUGGUUUGAUACAUUUAUGGAAUGGGAUCCAAUAGACUACGGUAACCUAACGGAGUUCUCGAUUCCUCAAGACGAGAUCUGGAAACCUGACAUCGCCUUAGCAAAUGCUUUCGACACUAUUUCCGGUCUUGGUGAUAAAUUUAUGUAUGUUACGGUAACAAAUGAUGGGAAAAUAUCAUGGGAACCGUUUCAAAGAUUUGUUAGCACAUGUUCUCUAAGGAUGAAAUACUUUCCAUUUGAUACACACGUCUGUGAUAUUCAAAUGGCGACUUGGUCUAGUACAAAACAAAUGAUCAACAUUAUUACUGGAAGUGAUGGCUUUAACAUUGAUUUUUAUGAAGAAAAUGCAAAUUGGAACCUCUUGAAUGUGUCUACGUAUGACUCAUCUACAGUUGCAACGUCCGGUUUAUCUUUCUCAUUAAAAAUAACACGAAAACCUAUCUAUUAUAUUUUGAAUACUAUUUUCCCUAUAGUUCUGCUCUCUUUGUUAAAUAAUUUUGUUUUUGUAUUGCCAUGUAGCUCAGGCGAGAAGCUCAGUUUCGCCAUUAUACUUUUCUUGUCUUUUGCAAUAUUUUUGCUUAUUGUUACUGAAAUUAUGCCUGAAGGAGUGAGUUCAAUGCCUCUUGUCACCAUUUAUUUACUUCUUGAGAGCAUCUUCAGUACGCUUAUUGUCCUGAUAACAAUUGUACAACUUCGGCUUCAUAAUCGAUCAAAUAAGAAACCAGUACCAAAACUGUUUAGAAAAUACACCAAAUUCGUGCAAGAAUUAAAACGACGUAUCUUUGGAAAAUGUUUUUAUCAAACAAAGGCCUCUGACAAGAAUGUAAAAGUUGAUGAAUAUCAAGGAAAAAGAUUUGUUUCUUCUAUUGAAGAUACAAUGUUCGAUACAAAGCCAACAACAACGAAUGAAAACCUCAAGAGAUCUGUGAAUGAUUCAAACGAAAGGGGACGUGCUUUACCGUUAAAACGAAUACUUAUUUGCGGGGCAAACAAAAUUCACAGCGCUGACGAGAUCGAUGAAAUCAAAGAGGAAGAUAUGUGGAGAACAAAAAUGGGUCAACUAAAUAAUAAGACGGCAUUUAAAUUGGCAGAUAUUCUUGGACACUCGAACAGAGUUGAGCCCGAAGCUUUCUUUAACAAACCAGCAGAUGUGGGUCCAAUAUACAAUCCAAAUACGAACACAGAAGAUGAAAUGAAUGUACAAACUCUGGAAAACAACGUGUUUGAAGAUUUUCAAAACUCGAAAGUGACAAAACCGUUUCUACGCACAGGAUCGGUAUCGUCCGCAAGCAUUUCAUCUACAACAAACUCGUCAUCUAAAGAUGAAAUCACUUGGCCCGAGUUCAUAUUAGCUCUUGACAACACUCUAUUCGUCAUGUCUGUGCUCAUUAAUACUAUCACAACAAUCGUUACAUUAUCUGUAUCAAUGUCCAAUUAAUUAAUGAGCCAAUGUCUAAUUAAUAAAGAAGCAAAAACUAUAAAUUAUGACUUUUCCACUAGAUUGCUAAAUUUUUGUUUGUUUGUUGAUUGUGUGGUUUUUGGUUUUUUUUGUUUUUGUUUUUUGUAUUGAUUAUUAUUGAAAUACAUUACACAUACCCAUGUCAGAGUAUCAGAUUAUUAUCAAUGAUGUGAAUUGUGAAUUAUAUAUGGCUCCUUUGAAACGUAUGUAUAUGUACACAUGCAAUUAAUUAUACAUGUAAUAGAUCAAUGAACUAAGACAUUACACGGAUAUAGUUAUCUGACAGCUAUCCUCCAACUCUUAAAAAGAUAUCAUUAUUGUUUUAAUAAUAAAGAAAAUCCAUUACUUGCUAAAA